AUGCAGACUGGCAAGGUCGACGGCGACUUCAAGCCGAACGACCCUCAGGAGGCUUCUCAGCCACAGGGAGCGAAGCAGUUUGCUGCUUACAACGCACACCCUGGCCCUGCCAUCCCCCAAAACAUGCCUGAGCAAGAGGGUACGAAGGAGGAGCGUCAAGCAAAGGCCCAGGCGUUGAACAAAUAA